AUGAGAAAGCCACCAUCUCCAAAUUGGAGGAGGGAUUUUUGUGAUUUCCAAAAUCUAAAAAGGAAUGAAAAUUCACCUAAUUUCCAGAGAACUAUCAGUAGGAAUAAAACUUAUUAAAGAAGUAUUUUGCUUAGAUUGAGAUUCAGAAGAAGGCAUGGUAUUUUGAAAUAGGUUUAUAGUGAAAAAAUUUAAAAAGAGGAAUCUUAUGAUAAAUAAAAAAUCGACAGAGAGAGGUUGAGUACUUAUUCUAUCAGUAAUAAAAAUAUGGGAAAUUCUAUAUUUAUAAAGAUUGAAUUACUAGAGAAUAAUAGAUAGCAAUAAUGCGAUAAAGAAGUUAGUAUAACCAGAUGCUCUUGA